GCCAAUGUCUAGGCCAAUAUCUGGGCCAAGGCCAAGCCCGCGGCUGCAAGGCUGGCGGCGUGGAUAUAAGAUAGCUGGUCUGCUAUCUUAACACACUUGCUGUGUGCUGUACCUCGACUACAUAUCACCCAACCACCACGCUGACCAUGCGUAUCACCGACCUUCUUGCCGGCGCGUUGCUGCACGCUUCGACUGCACUGUCGUUUGCUUCAGCUGGCCCUCCUGCUGGCCGUGGAGUUUCGAUCCGCCCAAACUAUGCCGCGUCCCCGUACCACCCAGGAAAGCCUUUCCCCAAGUCUCCCAUCCGAACCAAGACAUGCAUGCUCUCGGCUCUCGGUGGCGGCAAAGACGACUCUGCGAAUAUUCUCAAGGCAGUCAAAAAAUGCAAUCACGGCGGCCACGUAGUGUUCCCCAAGGACCAGAGCUUCACCAUUGGCACCGCGCUGGAUCUUACGUUCCUGCAGAGCAUCGACCUGGAUAUCCAAGGCACCAUCCAAUUCACAAACGACACCGACUACUGGCAGGCGAAUUCCUUCAAGCAAAUCUUCCAAAACGCAACGACUUUCUUCCAGAUUGGCGGCCACGACAUCAAUGUCUAUGGCGGCGGCACGCUCGACGGCAACGGCCAGGCGUGGUACGACCUGUACGCAAAGGACAUUUACAUCCUGCGGCCGAUUCUAUUCGGCCUGAUUGGCGCCAAGGGCGCCACCAUCUCAGACCUCAAGUUCCGGUACAGCCCGCAGUGGUACACGUUUGUCGCAAACUCGAGCCAAGUCAUCUUCUCCAACAUUGAUAUUUUCGGCGACAGCACGAGCAAGUCGCCGGCCAAGAACACGGAUGGCUGGGAUACCUACCGCUCCGACAGCAUCGUGAUCCAAAACUCGCACAUCAACAAUGGCGACGACUGCGUGUCGUUCAAGCCCAACAGCACAAACAUCGUGGUGCAGAACCUCGUGUGCAACGGCAGCCACGGCAUCAGCGUGGGCUCGCUGGGCCAGUACCCCGGCGAAAUCGAUUUCGUUGAGAACAUUUACGUCUACAACAUCAGCAUGUCCAACGCAUCCGACGGCGCGCGCAUUAAAGUCUGGCCGGGCGCUUCAUCCGCGCUUUCAGGCGACCUGCAGGGCGGCGGUGGCGGCGGCGCAGUUAAGAAUAUCACGUACGACGGCAUGGUGCUGAGCAACGUCGACUAUGCGAUUGAAAUCACGCAAUGCUACGGCCAGAAGAACCUGACGCUAUGCAAUCAAUUCCCCUCGAACCUCAACAUCUCCGACAUCACCAUCCGCAACUUCAGCGGCACAACGAGCAAAAAGUACGACCCCAACAUCGGGUACCUGGUGUGCUCGAGCCCCGCCGUAUGCUCUGAUAUCUCGAUUGAAAAUAUCAAUGUCAAGAGCCCGAGCGGUACGAAUACGUACACGUGUGCGAAUAUCGAUGGCAUUGACAAGCAGGUGAAUUGCACGGGCAAUGGGGAUAAGGGCGGGCAUUCGAGGAGGAGUUUGUUGCUGUAGAUUCAAGAUAAAAGAUAUGAUUGAUGUGUUUUGUGGUGUGGAUACCCACCAAGGCAGAGGCC